AUGAAGGAGCCUCCUACGGUCCGCAAGGAUCAAACUCGACAAGGGACCUGUUUUGGAAAAGUGCCAAUCCAUCGACAUCCAGAUUCCAGUGGCGGAAGCAGAGCGCUGGUCGAAGUGGCUCGGAGCGGAACGGAGAUUUACACCGGAUGCACACGGGGCGCUUGGACCAGGACCCCGGACCGCAAUGCAUGGAUCGAGAUGCGCCAGCGACGGCUCAUCUCGUCUGGUACUUGUUGCUGUAGGAGCUCAAGCACGGAGCUAAUUGUCACAAGCCCAACCCCGUGCUUUGACCAAGCCAGCCACUGCGAGCUAUCUGGCGAACACGACUUUCCGUUGGUCAUCUGGGAAAUGGCGUCGGAGGAACCUGAGUCAGUAGAUCGGAUGGACGAGGAUGACAAACACUUCCCCUCAAUGCGGAAGAUGAAGAGGCCGAGACAGACACGGAAGAGACAGACAUGGUGCAGUGCGCACGAUGCAGGCAGAGAAAGUGUCGCUAUCGUCAAGUGCAGAUAA